UAGAGGAGAACCCGGGGUCAGUAACUUUGGCGGGUUUCCCAGUGUAACGCCAGAGGAAAACUGUGAUCAAAAGUGAUCCACCAUCCAUGUAAUAAGUUCGAGUACGAGAAUAUGGAUUAUUUUAUCUAUGGAUGAAAACAAAUAUACUUCGGACAUGAAAGUUAUCAGAAGAUGACCAUGGAUGAAUUCCACCCCUUCAUCGAGGCAUUGCUUCCUCAUGUGAAGGCAUUCUCCUACACAUGGUUCAACCUCCAGGCAGCAAAACGCAAGUACUACAAAAAACAUGAGAAGCGCAUGUCAAUGGAUGAGGAGCGCAGAGUUAAGGAAGAAUUACAGAAUGAAAAACCAGAAAUAAAACAGAAAUGGGCUUCAAGACUUCUGGCAAAAUUGCGGAAAGAUAUAACUCAGGAAUGUCGAGAAGAUUUUGUGCUAAGUAUAACAGGGAAACGACCCCCGGUAUGUGUGAGCAGCAACCCGGACCAGAAGGGGAAAAUGCGUCGAAUCGACUGUCUACGGCAAGCGGACAAGGUUUGGAGACUUGACCUAGUGAUGGUUAUAUUGUUUAAAGCGUUACCGCUGGAAAGUACUGAUGGGGAAAGACUUGAGAAGUCACCCGAUUGUAUGAACCCUACACUGUGUGUUAACCCACAUCAUAUAAGUGUAUCUGUGCGCGAGUUAGACCUCUACUUGGCAAAUUUCAUUCACAGCUAUGUUCCGGAUCCUAGAGCCGACUAUGUAGAUUUGCAGAUGAGCGAAGAUAUCAAAGUGCCUGGAAACAUUCACUCAGGGGUUUCUGGAAAUGACAGCAUCAUGGCUACAGGGGUCUUUUCUGCUAGGGAACUACUUCGUGUCACACGGCAUUCCAUCAUGAUGCCACAGAAUGGGACAGUGCCUAUGAUGCCGCCCAGUAAACAGAUGGACAGUCCCAGUUACUACAACUACAGCCCUCAGGAACAGUCCCAGGUGGUGGGUGGCAUGCCACACCCGGGAAUGCCCAAUGGCCAGUCUGCCCUUAGCCCCUCUGGCCACCCACAUAAGCGGCUAAAGCGCAACACCAUAAGUUCAAUCUCGUCAGCAGAAGAUGAUGUAGAGAGUGUUGGAGACGAGAAUGAGACAAUGAGCAACUACUAUGCCAAGUCUUCAGCUAAUCUAAGUAGCAGUGGGUCAUCAGGCUGGCAGGGAGAUCACAUGGACCCAGGUUUACAGCAGAUGGCAAUGCCUGGUCCUGGGCCCGGGACACACCCCUCUAUAAAGUACCAGGAACACCCCGGGGGUGACACCUUCUCCGACUUUGUUUCGCUGGUAUGUCAGGAGGCUCAAAACUCACAGGGACAGGGAGAUGAGCACAUCCAUUCAAAUUCAUCGACACCCCCGAUGAAGAGCCCUACAAAACUCCCACACUUCUUUUCGCCUGGGAUGCUUCCCCCUCCUCCACCACCUCCACCAAAUUUGGCACGCCCAGUCGCCAUUCUUCGUACAUCAGAUGGCCAAGUUGUUAGCAGUGCUCCAACGCCUUUGACCUCAACUGUGUCCAGUACAUCUAACAAUAGCAAUUCGAGUCAGGGUAUCAGCUCCUCACCAGGAACGCCUCCGUUCAACCGGACCAUCAUGUCCAGCCCGUUUUCAGUAUUGACUCGGCCAGAGCAUGCGUUUGCCCAUAUACAUCCACAAGGACACCAGGUGUUUUCCUACCCAAGUCUUAGCCCAGUAAACGCUCUCAGUGGUGUGAUCAGCCCUACAACUCUCAGUCUGAUUGCAUCACCUGUGGCCACACCCCGUACCACUCCACGGUCAACACCCAUACCUCGGUGGACCACACCGUUCAUCCCUUUGGAUGAGGGCAUGGACUAUAACAUGCUGGCUAACAUCAUGCACGGCGUCAACAACGACGAACCUCUACUGAGCGAAGAGCGAUAUUUCCCAGGAGAUGGCAUGGAAGGAUCUGGUAAUGGUCAUUCAGGCCCACCUGGACCUUCUCACUCAGGACAAGCUCCGCCCCCAGCACCUCCCACCCCAGUGGCCAACACCCCAAAACAGACUCAGAACCAACAGACUUGACAGGGAAGAAAGAGGGGGUGGGGCAUGUGAGCCCUGCUCUCCAGACCUGCUUUGCUUGGCUGUGAUAGCUGACUACCGUUAUAUACUAUUUAACAUAAUGUUUUGAAAGAAUUCUGUAUCCACCGUAAGUCACUAUGACGUCGGAACGUGUACGUACAUGAUGACCUUUGAACUCAUGUUGUUACCAAUUUAUACACAAAAACACUUCUGAGAAAUAACUACAUAAACAAAUCAUGAAUUGAUAUUGUUUAAAAGGACAUGUUGACAAAAGUCUCCACUUCAAUCUCAGGUAUGGUGUACAAACUGAUCCAGAUGAAUCGUUGGUAGAAAUAUUUUGUCACAGUUUGAUAUUGGUAGAUUUAGUUUGAGAUUUGCGAACAGGUUGUAUUUUGACAAUUCAUGAAUAUUCAGUCAGUAGAGACACAAAAAACAGAUAAUAUGGCACUAGAUAUCACGUCGUCUUACAUCUUUUACGAACUUGGCUAUACUUGUGAAAAAAGUUGAGCUUGGAGAAGUUGUGUCAACUUGUCUUUUUAACAUUAAUUUCUAAACUGAUUUUACUCAAACAGCAUUUUGAGAUUUUACUGAGCUUUACCCUUGUUUUAAUGUUAAACUAAAACUCUAGUAUUAUAAUUAGUAUGUAGAUGUUUGUACAUUGUCUGGUAUAUAUUAUGUAUGUAUACAUAUAUAAUUCACUCAAGCCAAAUACUUGUAAACAAUUGUAUGAGACUUUUAAGUUAUUUUGUUAGUGUUGUUUUGGGAGCUUGUCUCCUCACUAUAAUUAUUAUUACCCUUUUAUCUCUGUAAUCUUCAACACUGUACAGUUACCUGUCAUUGUAAUGCUGAAGUUGUUGAAUAAUUCCUGAAUUCCAAAAAUUGAAAAAAAAAAAAAAAAAAAACCUAUGCAAUUUGCAUAAACGUUUUUGUAUAACGCCAGUAUAAAUUAUUUGAUUUUCCUUUCUUUUAAAAAUUUCCAAUAUUUUCCCCCCACCCAGAAGUAGAUCAACCUCCCAGGAUAGUACUAGUUUUGUAUAUGUUAAUAUUUAUGAUGAUUAAUUUAUCGAUAUGAGUGUUAAUUAUUCUUAUUAUGACAAUUGUUAUGACCAUAUAAGGAAGAAGAGGCCUCAGACUGUACAUAGACAUGUUGUUAUCACUGACACUUGUUAUGUUCUGCAUGUCAAGAACACAAGUGUUAGUGAAAUAUGUUGUUCAAACUAGUCCUCCCAAUUGUAACAUUAUUGCCCUCUCAUCGUUAACACCUAGUCCAAGUGCUACUCAUUUUUUCUGUCAACUUACUUAGAUGUAGUGAAAUCAUUUUGAAGAAAAUACCCUAAAACUUUUCUUCCAUCUUUGCAUCUGUAAAGUCAUCAUUUUUCAUCAUCCAUUUUUUAUAUAUAUUGGAACCAUGUACCUCAAAUAUUCUCUAUCAUGUUAUACGAAUACAAAUUUCAGGACUUGUUGAUGAAUCAUGUGACUUGUCCUUUGCUGUCCUGAUAAGAUGGCAUACUCCUGAUGACAUUCAGGUGGGAAUUGAAGUUUCCUGGCAUGUACAAGUACUUUGUAAAAUUUAUUCAUAGCAUGCAUUAAUGCUAUAACUACCUCUGUGAACAAAAAUUUGAACUUUUUUUUCUGACAAAUUUGAGAAACGCCUUCAUUUGAUAACUGUUUUUGUCAAUAAGUUACCAAAAUUCUUAAAAGAAAUUGUCUAACAUUGGAUGUUUUCUUUGUGAUUUGGAAUUCUUCCUUUUGUCAAAAGUUGCUUGAUGAUUUUUUAUGAAACCUGUAAAAAUUUUCUGUUUUGGAUUGAAGUCACAGUAAAUGAUUUGAAGCCUUCUGUAGGUAGCUUAGACAAAUUCUAACAUGAACAUCGAUAAUGAAAUUUCUGUUGCUUUUCAUCUAGUAUGUAAAUGUCUUGUGUUAGAGACUUGUUAAUAUGUAGAAUGCUAGCAGUAAAUUUGGGACAGUUCUUUUGCCCAUGUAAACAAACGGAUAGAAUUGCAAAACUGUUUAUUUGGUUUGAUUUGAAUUUAUUUUCUUUAAUUCAGUAAAGAUUUUCAGACAAAACUUUUGAAAAUGUAAAUAUUGAAACCAAGUGUUCUACCUCAUGGAGUUAAUUAAUUAUAUGCCAAGCACAGUUAAUGUUGAUGUCGGUCAAAUAUGCAAAAUCUUGUCAAAGUAUUGACAAUGGUUGCAUAAGCUUUUUGGUAUAUUUGACUUUGACACUAGUAAUAAUUUGAUAGACAACAAUUUUUUUCUGCUUUUAAAGAUUACUUUCAGCAAUAAUGAAAAUGAAAACCUGGUGAUUACGGACAUUUAUUGAUUAUGCAUUAAGACUGUAUUUGUACAUAACUAGAGAGUCUUUCACAAUUUUAGUUGUUAGUGUAGAGUGAGUUAUCUUCCCUUGUACUGGUCAAAUAUGUAUCGUUGUGUUCAUCUACAUGGUUGUUUCUAGCCAUCCUGUGAAAAGAUUGUGUAUAUGUGAGUGUGCAUGUGGAGGGAGAAGCAUUUUCUUUUCUUUUUCUCCCCAUUAACAAAUUUUAAUUAAUGAGGAAUCUACUGAUGUAAAUUAGAAAAAAGAUAAAUCAAAAUUUACGCACCAAAAGUAUCCUGUUUUAGCCAUUUCAUUGUUAAAUCAACUUUACUCCUUUAGUGAUAUCCUGAUUGUGAUAUCAUCAGAAUACCCAGUAGAUAAUAGUCCUUUACAUGGUGUUGAUAUUUAGAAGUAAACAAAUCAACAGUGUUCAGUAAUGUUGUUUGGAGGGAAGGAAAAUCUGUUUCUCCAUUUCAUCAGAUUAACAACAAAAUAGAAAUAUGAGUAGUUUGAUUAUAAAGAAGAUUUCUGUUCCCGUCAACAUAUGUUCAAUGUGUUGGCUCCAGACAAACAAAUCUUAAGCAAAUCCUGACCCUGACCUUCUAGAUUAGCAGCUUCACCAGCCAGUGUAGAAAUGCGUCCAGAAAAUCCAUUAUUUUGAUUUAAGAAAGUGCUUUUGUUUGGAGUUAACAAACAUGUACAUUCUCAUCAGUAAUUCAGUACUUGUGAAUUCAGUGUCGGCUCCCUUACUCAAGUCCCUGUGUGUUAUGUGAACAAAUGUUGGUGUAGCAUUGUCUACCCAUUGCUUUGUGAAAUGGCAUCUAGUUAUAAGUUGUUGGCGUUUUGUUGUGGAUUUGAACCCAUACCCUGGGUUUGAGGAGUUUAAUUGUGAUAAAAGCAUCCCUUGUUAUUGUCAUCCAGAAAUCCUCGCUAACAAGCUUAUCACGUUUUAUUUAUUUUAUCACUCUUAUCAUCUUAUUAUUUAUUGCGUUGUUAUGUUAAAGAACAAAAUGAUUUUUAAAAGUUUUGUGUGGAAACAGUGUGUGAUAAUUGACUUUUGUCAUUGCACCAUGUUGUAUUCUAUGUCAUGUAGUAUAACUAUUUCAUCAUUUCACAUGUAUGUUGUCACCGCAUCACGCAAAUGAUGUCAAACCUUCCAAGUACCUAGAUGUGUCGGCAACAUAAAUGUUUCCCCGUCCACGGUUGUGAAGGUGGACAUCGCCAUCUUCUUUCAACAUGUGCUAGAUUAUGUAUAAUGUUGAUUUCUUUGUGAAAUUGAAACCUUACGUUGGUGUGUAUGUUUUGAAAGUGUGUUUGUGGAAAUAUGCCUCUGUACAGAUUUCAGUCUUGUGAUUGGAAUCAAAACAAAUGAAUGACAUACAAGUUGUGGUUACUCAUAUAGUAUAAUACGUUCACUGUGGCCAAAUCGGCAGUAACCAGGAGAUUUAUCUUGCCAUUAAAAGGGAGCUUAUUAAAUUUUGAAGUGAAUGUCACCAAAGUGUUAUAAAAAUCAUGUUAGAAAUGGAGGUCCAGUCCAUUGUUUAUAUAAUCUCAAAUCCUACACCCAUUAAGUGCUACUUGUAUUCAACUUUGUUUUUGUUUGAUUUUUUUUUUUCUUUGUUUUUGGCAUAUCCAGUAAAAUUUCAAGUUAGACUGGACAUAACAUUUAUGGUUUGACUAGUUGGGUCAGCUAAGUGUCUAAUAAGUUCUUGUUAAACAAGUUUUGACACAGUAUUUAUGGGAAGGGUUUGUAUGAAACAGUAUAUUAUCCUAAAUUGUUUGUAGUGGUAUAGUACUAUCAAACUGGCAUGUAAUCAAAAUAAUGUGCACCUAAAAUUCACAUGUUAUACGUGUAGCACUCGAGUCUUCCACAAAUAUUACUGUUAACUUCCACAAAUAUACAGGUCAUUAUAUGGCUUGGAUGUCAGUCUAGCAGGUCAAAUUUUCUUUAACCUUUCUUCUUACUCAUAAAAUGGUAAUGUCUGGAUGCUCUUGACCCUUCUCUGAAAUUUUAAGAAUUUACGGAUUCUCCUGAAAAAGUAUAAAAAUGCAUUGGUUUUGUUCAGCAAAUUAAAAAUCAGACUUCGAACUAUCAGCCAAAGAUUUGUACUCAUGUUUGUUGGGUGAACUCGAUUACACAAAAUAUUAAGUGCCAAAUUUUCGUCAUGUGUGAUAUUUCUGUUGUUGUUCAAAAUUUUGUUUUUGAACAGAAAACAUGAACGAUAAACUAUCAGAAAAAUGAAAACUGUGCUAUAUAACUCGUUAUAAAUGUCCUUGCCCAUCAAUGUUUAUGUAUAUUUGUGGUCUCUUGCUACUGGCUGUAUUUAUCAAACCAUCAUGUGCUGGUGUUACUAUUUUUGAUUUCGAGUUGAUGUAAAUUUUUUUGUGUUGCUUAGUUAUUGUGAUCGGUGUGUAUACUAGGUUAUUGUACAGUUUAAAAGUCCUUUUUUUAUUAUAGUUUGUAAAUAAGUUUGUAUACAUAGGUAUUAAUUUAUUAUUAUAUAAUUAUUUCCAAAGUAAUGUUUUGAUUUGAUCGUGUACAGUAUAGGCACACAUGUGCCGGUAAACGGGUGGGCUAAGACGUUGGUCUCUGACCUGCGUCGUUGACGAUCUGUGAUUUCAUUAUAGUGUGGAAAGGUAUGAUUCACGCUGGUGACAUAUUUUGACAAGUUUUUUGUAAGGUAUGAAUCGGAGAAUGUGUCACUUUCUAUAUUAUUAUUUUUUGUUUGUUUGAAGUUUCAUAACAGUUCUUCACUAAAAAGGUAAUUUUAUAUAGUUGUUAAGUUUUAUUCCUUCCAAAAAGUUUUUAAAAUAAUAACAUAAAGUAUCCUAUUGUUUGCUGUUGGUGAAAUUUCUUUCCAUGACAGCUGAUACAAAUAAAGAGAGACAAAAACAAGAGAUUGUUAAUAUGUAUAAAGACAAUAUCGUAAAUAUGCAUUUAAUGUUCAUAUAUACAUAUUUCUGGACUUUUGAAUCUCAGUUUCUUUUGAUCAAUACUAACUGUAAAGUCACUGUGUAGACAUAAAAAGAACUAAAAAUGUUUCCCCAGACACAACUAGUAUUAUUUUUUUUUUUUUCAUAUUGAAAAACAGGUGCGGAAGGAAUGAAAUAAAAAGAAAAUUGCUGAUAUGGGUUUGGUUAAAGUGCCUCUCUUCUUACCAAAGACAAAUACUGUAUUGUGUUAGGUAAAGAACAUACUUCAAAGACAUCAAUUGUCAAUGUGAGCUAAAUAUUGGUGGACCAAGUUUGGGGGAGUCAUUCUUGGAAGAAAAUGUUUCGAAACCGUUUUUUAAUUUCGGUGUUCCUGGGGUGGUGUUUGUACUGGAAGGUUUUUAAGUCAAUAGAUACAAGGAUAAAGAAGAACGGGUGAUGGAAGACAAAGGUGAUCUGUAAAGUUACUGUAGCAACAGUCAGAAACCUACAGUGAGGAAACUAUACCUAAAUAUAUUUAUAUAUGUGACAGCCUAGAGCAUUCCGAUAGAGUAUAUAUUUCUGACUCUAACCAGCACAGUGAUUGUAGUGGUAGCUUUCUACUCUUUGUUGUUCCAUAGUAUUAUAUGAUCAAAACAAAGGGCCGGUCCUUUUGUUAUUUUCUGCACUGUCAUCAUGAUGAAAUAUGACCUUGAACUAGCUGUCCAAGUGUAACCUUGGCCUUAAGGUUAACUGGAUAUUUUUGUUGAUGGUUGUUGGUUAGAGUCAGAAUGCUAUGAAUGGGUACAUUUUGAUAUAUAGAAAAUGUCAGAAUUUUAACCGUGAUGAAGUGGCAGUAUUUAUCACGUGUUGUAGGAAUACUUUUGGCACCAAUGUCACCGUUCUAGAGACCAGUACGACUGUUUAGUGUUAACCAGGUCAACAACAUGUUGUUUUUUUUUUUUUUUUUAAUUUCCAAGAACGGUUAUGCUGAUGCACAUAUGUUGGCCCCAGUCUAUGCAAUUUUGAUACCGAGUUGCGAUGUGUGCCGAGUGUUGAUAUAUUUACACACAAUCUUGUUUUACUGUAGACAUUGGAACAUACAAUGGGUUUUUGAGUUGAAAUACUUUUUUUGUAAUCAAAGUCUGUCCAUCACUAUGUUACUAUAGCAACAGAAGAAUGUAGCACAACUACAGCCAUAUAUGGCAACUGAGAAGUGUGCAGAGAUCUUUUUAAGAUUGCUUUUACUUCACUUAGCAAUUUGUAUCAAGUUCAUAUUUUGAGCUAAAUAAACAAAAAUCUGCGUAAGAUUGAAAUAA